GCGGGGGGACGCAUGCGUGGUAGGACCCCGAGGCGCGCGGCACCCUCCUCCCCCUUUCCCAAGCGCCGCUGACGCUUCCGGAAGUGACGCAAAGGGGCGCUCGAGCCGAGCCGAGCCCAGCGGCCUUCCCCUCGCUGUGGUGACAUUUCUUCUUCUCGCGUAAAUUUGGUGGGGAAACACAGCCAGAAUGACAACUUUGGACGCUCAGAUCUUCUGUCCAUGGAACAGUUACAGCAGUGGCAACAGUAGUUGAAGGAUCACUCUCCCACGGGAAGUUUAGGCUCGCUUGCACUGUCCACUAGACCCUGUGCUCCAUGCUUUUGAGACCUGGAGAGACUUAAAACUCUGAAAUGAAGAUGGAGGCAGUAGAAAAAGCAGAAGAACUCACCGACUCAGAGGUUCCACCAAAACUCUCAGAAAAACAAGAGGCGGUUCUGGGAGAACAGGGAUCUAUAGAAUUAGAAAUCAGCGCUCAGAAAGAGAGCGGAGCUGCUGUGGAAGAUUCAGCGGUACUUGCCUCCAUGCCAUGUUUGCUGAUGGAGCUGAGGCGGGACUCAUCAGAAUCUCAGCUGGCGUCGACAGAGAGCGACAAGCCAGCUGCAGGCCGUGUUUAUGAGAGUGACUCUUCCAACCAUUGCAUGCUGUCCCCUUCCUCCAGUGGGCACUUGGCUGAUUCAGAUACUCUGUCUUCUGCAGAGGAAAACGAGCCCAGCCAAGCGGAAGCGACGGUAGAGGGAGACCCAUCGGCAAUGUCAGGGUCUACUGUUGGGAGGAAAUCCCGGCGAUCCAGGUCAGAAAGUGAAACCUCAACCAUGGCCGCGAAGAAAAACCGGCAGUCUAGCGAUAAGCAGAAUGGCCGUGUCACUAAGGUCAAGGGUCAUCGGAGCCAAAAGCACAAAGAGAGAAUUCGGUUACUAAGGCAGAAACGAGAGGCAGCUGCCCGUAAGAAGUACAACCUGCUGCAGGACAGCAGUACCAGCGAUAGUGACCUAACCUGUGACUCAAGCACGAGUUCGUCAGAUGAUGACGAAGAAGUUUCAGGAAGCAGCAAGACAAUCACUGCAGAGAUACCAGCUGGCUUCAGUCGUGCUGGGGGAUCUGCAGGAGCGACCAGGGAAAUCCCAGGAUUGCUUGACAGGGGCACCGUGUGGGAUAGGAACUGCAUAGGCAGUGUCCUCGAAGAGGCCAUGAACUGCUUUGCCGAGAUGCAGCGGCAGACGGAGGAAAAGUUCCGGAUGUGGAUAGAAAAGUUAACCCGCCUUGACACGGAUGAAGAAAGCAAGCAGCAACUGGAACCCAGGGAACUUAAAGUACCAAUAGCGGGCCAAAGAAACUCCCCAACUUCUCAGGCAGGGGUGUUUGCGCAGGUGCCUGAUAGCCAAGCACUUCCACAGCAGUCUUUUAAUUCUUAUGUGAGUUAUCAAAACACUGAAACAGCCUUAGAGUUUCCAGCAAGUAUCAAUAACAAUCUCCCAGCCAACUUUCCUGAAAAUGGGAACAUUGCAGAAUCCAACUUGAAUCAUUCGCAGACUUAACAUGGCUCUCAGUUUCUCUCUUUUCUCCUGCAUCAUACUUCAAAAACUGACCGUUGUGUUUCAUAAGAAUAUUGCCUUCUUUGCUUAGGCUUUUUAACAGCCAGUAUUUUGUUUUGUUUCUUAAAAGAAAUUUGAUGUACUUGAGUUGACAUUAAAGUGCUUCUCCUCCUCAGCUUACCAUCAGCAAAGUGUGGCAAGCUAUACAAUUUUGUGAUCUUCCUUUUUGUGUCUUAAUGUAGGAGCAGUUGAUAUAUCCCCCCUCUAUGCUCCUUUUUUGCAUGCAAAAAGUGUUUAUUUGUGACAAUAUAAAUUUGGAAUUGAAAGAAAUCCUUAUGUACGCAUCUAGUAUGUCAUGUGAAUAUUUUCUUAAACAGAUUAUAGUAUCUAGAUUGUGUAUCUUAAACAAAAUUAUAUAUUGUGUGCCAUAUUUCUUUCUCUUCCAGUCAUUUUAAGCAGAUGUUUGCUAGUCUGUGAAUUUGGAUAGAUUUGAUAAGUCAGUAUUUCUAUCUCUUUUACUAGCAUUUAUUUUCUUCACACUUUAAAAAAUGUUUUUAACAAAUAAUUACUUAGAAAAGUAAAUACUAACCCUGAAGUCCAUGGGAGUUUGAGAGACAGACACAGUGGGUCUGUCUAUUCAAUGACAGUAAUUUUAGAGACAUCAAAAUUUGAAUAAAACAAGUAGAUUAAUAAUUUCUUAUACUUGUUGUAAAGCCACCUGUCUAAACAAAGAAAACAUACAUGUGUGUGCUCUGUAUAAACAAAUUGUGUUUCCAUGACACAAGUAAAGGCCAGAGUCUGUUCUAAAAUAAUAAAAAUGAGUUUCAGCACUUACAUUUUGGCCUAACAUGAAUAAAUUAUCAAAAUAUAUUAGAUCCAACUCAGAGAGCCUCUUUGGCAGCUCUUGCAAGGGUCAGUUGCUGCAUGAUAAAUUACUUUGGAAACUAACUUAAGUAUCAUGCCUGACUUCAUCAUACUGAGGUCAAGUUGCUGACUGGAUUGUUUGUAAAGACAGUUGAAAAUGUCCUUGCUUUGCUUUUGUAAUAGAAAAAGCUUCAGCUCCCAAAGGCAGAAGAUAAUAUGGAGAUGGUGUGUGCACACAUGCAUGAUGGAAGUUUCUGCAUGUGUUGGUUGGAUAUUCUUUUAAACCAUGUUUCAUUAAAUGUUUUUCUUUUUCUGAGCCAUCACUAAGCCAUAUUCCUAAGACUGCUGUUUGGGAAUGCCCAAGCAUUAAUUCAGUUAUGUUAAUUAUUUCCAGGUUAAAACUCAUCUGUACACUUGGGUGUAGUUCUGUAUGGAAUAAUGCCUGUAAAGUAGCAGGUUAGAUAAGGUUCAUGUUUGCAAUAGGACUAGAAAAGACUGGUGCUUCUCUCCUUCGACUGGAAAAAUAAUUAGUGGAACUUAUCAAAAUAUACACAUAUAGUGGCAACAUCUUAUUCACUGCAAUAAGGUCAAAAAAAAGUUGACAUUUUGAUGAUGCUAAACACUUAGAAUUGAGCCAAGAAAAUAAACCCCAAGCCACUAUUUCUGACUUCUAGCACAGCAAAUCUGUUGGUGCAAAAAUAAGUCCCAGAGACUUAAGCAACAUUUUGUGAUAAUUGUGUUUAGAAUUCCAGCCUAAAAAUUGAAGAAAUUGGCUGAGAUCUUUUGAAAAAUAGUUUCACUACCUCUGUAUGCCCUAAGGCAGCUUUAGGGCCUUUUGCACUUUGUGAUAUGACAUGCUUUUUUCAGAAACAGUCAAAAAUUGGAAAGUAUAUAACCAAAUCUAAACUAACUCUGGAAUUCUGCAUUUUGCUGCAGUCUCUGCUUACUUUGUUUUAAAUGAUGAAAUCUCAUCUCUCUUGGAUCUCACAACUUAAAUUGCUGUUUGGUCUUCCCUUUCAUUGAUGUUAUCUCUGAUUUUAUGACUGCAAAGUAACUUUUAAACAUGUAAAUGUACUUCCUGCCCUAUUUGCUUUUUUCAAAGAUACAUUUUCAGGAUAAUUGUUUGAAAUGCAGGAAAUAAUUUUGUGUAAAGACAAAUUUUGGUGUUAUAUCUUUCCAUGUAUAAUUUUGAUAUGGGUAUUUUGAUGUGAACUUGAUAUCUUCCUAAACUGGAAACCAUGUGUACAUUUGACACAAUUAAUUUCGAACAGUAAGAUUGUUUUUACUAUAUCAACAGGUCUGAUUUUUUUGGCAUUUAAUAAAAUGCUUUGAAUUUGCCCUAAUUUAUUUUGAAGUUAAGAACCUGCUGUGAUUAUUUUGUUGUAAUCAAUAUAUAAUAAUUCUAAUACUGAGAGACAAAUAUGCACUUAGAAAUCUAUUGGGAAUUGCAUGCUAACUUACAGGUUUUUCCCAUAAUGCAGAAGCUGCUUUUUAUAUAACAUAUUAUCACGCAUGUUCUGAAACAUAUAUUUUUGUAAAUGGAUGAUGGUACAGGUGUGUUUAGAAACGAGACCCCCUUAGUCAGUUUAUACCACACACCUCUCGAAGUAUAAUCAUUUGAAUGGGUUCUAAAUUAAUUUAGAUUGGUCCAAAACCUCUUAGCAGAUUCAUAUGUGACCUUUAUCCCCUAAUAAAUCCCUGAAUCUUUGCAAAAUUUAUUCUGAAAUUAAAAGCUGUUUUGCUAAAAAUCAUCAGAGGUCUCAGGGAGAUCAUGAGUAAUUAGGUUAGGGUUUGAUUCAUGGAUUACCCGUGCAAAAGAUAAUCAGUUUGUUUUCCUUGAAGUCCUGACAUUUUCCCAUAUUAUCAUUGGUGCCAUGGCAAUAUGUUUUGUGAAAACUCUGUUGUCCUGAGAUACUUAGCAGAUGGAAGCUGGCUUUGAAUUUGUUAAUGACUGAGAGGCAGUGAAGAUGUGAUACCAUCUCUCUCUUACUCAUGGUUUAAGAGAGUAAAAGUCAGGUGUGGUCACCUUUCUCCUCACACUUUCUAGAAUGGCCAAUUAGAAAUUUAGAAUUCUGGUAUCAUUAGGAAUUGUGGUUUGUAUUGACUGUAGUUAAUGUUUCAGCCACCACUUUCCUAAACCUUGAAAAGGGAGAACGGCCUCCACUGUUCAUUCCUGACCCUAUAACAUUGGUUAAAAAGGAAGCAAUUUUGCAUCAGCCUCUAGCAGUUUUCUUCAUCUGAAUGCUCUCUUCUCUCCCCCCCCCCAUUUCUGUGAACAUCAGGAAAAAAUAAUAAUUAAUGAUGCAAUAAAUUGAAGGUAUUUAGAAAUGAAGUAAUAACUUGUGCAUUUGAUACUCAAAUGACUUUUCCAGCCUUAUUGAUAGGUGUAUUUCUAUUGAUUUUUGUUACUGUCAUUUUUCCUCAGUCUUCAAAUCAUUUACUGUGUUAUGGAUCUAACUCAUUUCAUAAGUGAUCUUUUGUGUUGAUUAGAUUCUGCAUAAAUAUAGGGGGGGGGAAGCAAAAUUGAAGCCUGAAGUGUGGGAGAGGUAUUGUGUUACCUUGGUUAGAAUAACAUUUUUAUCUGAAACGCAGAUAACCCAGCUUACCCGAGACUGAUUUAUUCUUUUCUCUGUUAUUUCCUGCAAGUUCCUUCUCUUAGUCUUAUGGGACGUCAUUCAGUUUCAGAAAAUCUAGGCCACAGCAGAGAAUCCCAUAAUGCAGUGUUCUCUCAGGCCAGUGUUAUCCUCCAUGAGAACUGGGAAAAUAUUGGUGUUGGAAGGAGCCAGAUCUUGUCCUUGUCCUACAUGGUCUCUUUACCAGAGUGAGAGAGCUUUUGUAGCAGCUCAUAUAAUAUGAAGUUGAGGUGCACUUGUUGUCUUAAAGCUUAAACUCUUACGUAUUACAUCAGAGUAAAUUCUGGUUUUACCAAUGGGUCUACUUCUUAGUAAAUGUGGGGUCCAUUUGAGCAGCAGCUCCUUGAUUUUUGGAGGUACUCCAAAGGAGCUGUCCUAUUUUUGUGGAACCCAUAUUCCAUUGAAGUAAAAUUGGGAAUGCCUAGCGAGGGUAAGCAUCUAGCCAGUGAGUCUUAGUAGACAGGUUGUUCUGGAGGGAUGCUAUUACUGUCAGGAUUCUGUAGGGUCUGUUAGCAGGUACCCUCCAGUGAUGGAAAGGAGAUCAAAGAAAUGUUAGCAGGAUAUCAGCCUGGAUAGUAAACACUGUUCUCGAAUAUGGCACUAGGGUCAUAUAAGCAACGCAGAGCUUGGAGAAUGAGUAACAUGCCUCCAACUCUGACUUUCUGUCUUAGCACCCUUAGAAGAAGGAAAAUGCCCUCUUUCUAUUAUCAGAUCUUGCCACUCCUUUAAACUUCCUGAAGCCUAUCUGUGAGAAUUGAGUGGAGACCUAUAUUUGGGAGACAACUUUUCAAAUUCUAGUAAGAAAUACCUAUUGGUGGUUAUGUUGAAAAUCUACAAUAUAGUGGUAAAUAUGAUUAAGUGCUAGGCCAUGGAAGGUCCAGCCAUUUAAGUGAAUUGCUUCUGCCAAUCAUUCUUUGUGAUCCCUAAGUGAUUUUUAUUGAUAUCUCAGUUUAUGGAGUCAUUGUCUUUCCUUUCAUACUGUGUCUGUUACAGAUUCAACUGUGAACUGCUCUGUGUUCUGAAUUGAUUAAUACUGACCACAUGGUAUAGUUGGAAUGUUUGUUUUGAAAACAUUUCUGAAAAAUCAACAGUUUUUCUGCAUUUGUGCCAUCAGUUUCUCUCAUCUUGAUUUCAUCAUACUGGAAUUGCUGUGUGUUUUUAUCUUAGUAAUUUGCCUUUAUAAAUGUAAAUUCACAAAUGUAAUUGGAGUAGUUCGGUUCCUCCUUUCUUUAUUCAUUGCAUUGGUAUUUGUAUGUUUUUGGCCUAGUCGUUUGUCUCUUUAAAAGCAAUACUCAAUUUCAAAUUUAUGAAUAUCUUUGGUAGUGGAGAUCUAAAUAUGUACUAGGAAAAAUGCAUUUAAAACUGGAUUCCAGCCGAUUCGGAUCUCCACAUGUAAACUUCCUUAAUCUCUUAACUAUUAAUCAAGAGGUCAUGACUGCCUUCCAGACUUACAUGUUUUUCUUGACUUUUUUCCUUUCCUCCCUCCCUCUUUUGCGCAUGUAUCAUAAUAUGUGUUACUUCAGCAUGGAACUCAAGUGCAACUACAGUUUCAGAGUUUUUAAUGAACCUUGCGGUGUGCUGAGUUCACUCUGAAAAGAGAAGGAAUCGCUCACAUUUGCGAGGGAAACUCCCAAACUCUUAACUGUAGUUUAAAAAAUAGGAGAACAAUAUGCCUUUCUUGAGCCUUAUGGCAAAUACAUACAAAUACCAUGGCAGUUUCUGAACACCCUCUCUCAGUUGUUGAAACCCUGAUGAAGUAAAAGGGUAAAUUAUGAAAUUUGGUUAUUUCUUUACAUAAUCCAUGGAGUUAGCUCAGAAGUCAUUCCUUUAGCCUUCCUGUGUAAUGUUCCCGGAGCGGUUUCUCUGCCUUUUGUAUUUCUUGCUCUCCCUGGUUCAAUGUGAAAGGAAGGUGGUGUUUUCUAUUUGCCCGACUGGUCUUUUACAGACCAGGCAAGGCUCUCAUCCUGUCCCUUCAGUGUCCCAACAUCAUUGCCAUUUAUUCUACCUCCCAGGUCUGUCUAGAGAGAACUAUUUUUCUGGCCAAUUUAAUAAAUCUUAUGGAAUGGAUAGCAGCUGGUAAACUUUGAUUUAGUUUUUAGUGUCGCAGGGAAUGGGGUAAUUAAUUUGAUUUCCAUCUUAUUACACAUGUAUCCCUACUUUGGUUUGGUAUUUAAUUCAUGCCAUAGAUCGAGUGCAAACUAUCUACUGUAUAUGUACCAAAUGUAUAACUCCCUUCCCCAACUCCCUGUCUGAAAAAAAGCCAUGUGAUACAAAGGGCAAAAUAUGAAAAAAUGUUUUUUUUGUUCUGUUAUCCUUUUCUGUUAUACUUUUGGAAGGAACGUGGUUAUGCUAUUCUUUUAUUGUAUUUAUGAAUAAUGUGUAUCCUUUGCCAAACUCUGUAAAUUAAAAAAUGUAACUACUGUAACCUAGAACGAAUAUAGCUAUUAAUAAAAUGCUUAUUACAAUGCAAA